AUGUCAUCACGGCGCACAGAGGACGAGCUGGUGCUCCAGCACCACGAUGAGGAUGCCGACACCGAAAGAGGGGAGUACUCGGACUCGGACGACGAUGCGGAUGAGGACACGCCAAUGAUGCUGGGCCAGACCGAUGGUGCGGUUGAGGCUGCCGAUGCGCCACUCUCAAAUGCGCCCCCCAAACCUCCGCCGCUACCUCUCGUCAAGAAGCCUGAGAAGCCACCCCCCGUAGCCUGGCGCGAUCUGCCAAAGAAGCAGCAGUUGUUCGUGAUUACGAUGACGAGGUUAAGUGAGCCUCUUGUCCAGACUUCUCUCCAGUCCUACAUGUUCUACCAACUCAAAUGGUUCGACCCAACGCUGCCCGACUCCGUAAUCUCAAGCCAGGCCGGCAUCCUCCACGCCUCUUUCACAGCAGCACAGUUCAUCACAGCCAUGAUCUGGGGCCGCCUCGCAGACUCAAAGCGCUUCGGCCGCAAGACGGUUCUCAUGAUCGGCCUCCUCGGCACCUGCUUCUCCUGCAUCGGCUUCGGCUUUUCCCAGUCCUUUGCGCAGGCCCUCUUCUUUCGCUGUCUAGGCGGCGCGACAAACGGCAACGUCGGCGUCCUGCGGACAAUGAUUAGCGAGAUCGUCCGCGAAAAGAAGUUCCAAGCCCGCGCUUUCAUCCUGCUGCCCAUGACCUUCAACAUUGGUGUCAUCAUCGGGCCCAUUUUGGGAGGUAUCCUCUCCGAUCCGGCAGGGAGCUACCCUUCCUUAUUUGGGGAUAUUGCUUUCUUCCGCAAGUACCCCUACGCGACCCCAAACCUGCUCAGUGCAAUCUUCCUCUCCUGCGCUGCCCUGUCCGUCUGGCUCUGCCUCGAAGAGACCCACGAAGCCCUCCGCGAAGAAGGCCCGGACCUCGGAUCCCGCGUAGGAUCAAGCAUCGCCUCCCUCGUCCGUCGAAUCGUUGUUCGUCGACGAAGGGGUUUGAACAGCAACGCAGACGCAGCCUAUACGCCCCUCCACUCCAGCUCCGCAAGCACAACCGACGUCGACGUCGAACUCUCCCCGGAAUCCGCACCACCACCGAAACAAAAACCCCGCCCGCGAUACCGCCACCGCCUCCCCUUCCGUCGCAUCUUCACCCGCAACGUCCUCAUGACCUUCUCCGCGCACUUCUUCCUCGCCUUUCACGUCGGCACCUUCAACGCCCUCUGGUUCGUCUUCCUCUCGACCCCGACCUCCGCCUCCCCCCCGCACCUGCCCUUCCGCUUCUCCGGCGGGCUCGGCAUGCCACCGCAGUCCGUCGGCAUGGCCAUGGCCAUCCUCGGCGUCAUCGGCAUCAGCCUCCAGCUGCUCGUGUACCCGCGCCUGUCGGCGCACCUGGGCACCGUGAAAGCCUGGCGCCUGUUUUUGUAUUUCUUCCCGGUGACGUAUUUUCUGGUGCCGUACCUCGCCGUCGUGCCCACCACCGACGCCGCGCCGCCGCCGGGGCCGAAGGGCGGCCCGGCGAUUUGGUUCGCUAUUGUCGGGGUGUUGCUCUUCCAGGUUCUGGGGCGGACGUUUGCGCUGCCGGGGCAGACGAUUUUGAUCAAUAACUGUACGCCGCACCCGUCUGUGUUGGGGACGAUUCACGGGCUCGGGCAGAGUGUUAGUAGUGCGGCGAGGACAAUUGGGCCUGUGUUGUGCGGAUGGCUUUAUGGACGGGGGCUCGAGGGCGGAGUGGUGGGUGCUGUGUGGUGGGGUUUGGCUGGUGUUGCAGUGUUGGGGGUGAUGGCGAGCUGGGCUGUUUGGGAGGGAGAUGGGCAUGAGAUUUGGAUUGAUGGGGAUGAGGUUGCUGCUGAGGAGGAGGAGGAAGUGCACAGGCGGUAA